UCUACAACCUGUGAAGUUAACAGAAGCAUCAGCUACAAAUCCUGGACAGAGAACCCACUGAAUCUGCCUGUCAGUAUUGGACAUUGAGAUGCCACGGCAAGAUGCUUACUACAGUUACCCCAGGAAGGGGCACAGCCGCUCUCACAUCACCACUGGAGAGGCUGCAGGAAUUGGCAUCCUGACAGUGGUCCUGGGAAUUUUACUGCUGCUCGGUUGCUGGUAUUGUAGAAGACGAAGUGGCUACAGAACCCUGACGAACAAGAGUCCUCAUGCUGCUACUGAAAGUACAUCAGGAGAAAAAUACCCGCAUGAAGUACUUGGCUAUGAGAACAGUGGUCAAUCUCAAGAGAAAAACUGUGAUCCUCUGGUUCCCAAUGCUCCACCUGCCUACGAGAAACUCCCUUCAGAUCAGUCGCCACCACCAUAUUCACCCUGAGACUACUUGAGAAAGGCUGAAAUGAUUGCCCCUCAUGCUUCUGCUUUAACUUAGUGUAGCCAUCUAAUAUUCUUUCCCAGAUUGCUGAAACAACAAUGUAUUAUCUCUAAUAUUAGGCCAGUGUUACAUUCUGAACUGGGCAACUAGCAGUACUAAUCAAGUUAGGAAUGAUGAAAACUAUUAAAAUGGAAAGUUUCUCCAAUAAAUA